CAAAUGCUAUCUCCAAAAGUUCUUCAAUCCCCUUCUAUCGAAUCAAAAACUGUACUUCAGCCCUCUUAUUUCUCUUCUAAUCAUUAUCAAUAUCAACUAGCUGUUGAUGCUAAACGCAAGUACUCAGUCAAGGACUGUAUAAGAUUAGCUUCCCAAGUUAAUACAAAGCAUGAUGCCAAUGGUUGUUAUCGUUGCGACUUAGUCGCAAGCUACUAUAUGACAGCACUCAAGAUUGCCCGUGAGCAAGAGCCUAUUAUUUGUAAUCAAGAUCUUUUCCAGCUGGUUUCUGAAAUGAUCAAUCUCAUUCUCUCUCAUCGCGAAACAAGCAAAUACCAAUCUUUAGCCUGGUUUGACCUUCUUACAGCUGAGCUAUGGGAGCUUGCCAAACAGCUUAAAGAAGAAUCAUUUGAAAAUGAUCUCUAUAUUCCCAUGGAUGGUUUCGCCAAGCGCAGUUCAGUUGAUUCAAGCGCAAGUCAAGACUCAGAAGAGUUGGAGCUAGAGGAUGAAGAAGAGAUGUUCAAGAGAGCUAUUCGUACAUCCAUAUAUCAUUGUCGCGCGGUUGUCUGUGAACAACACAAGGAUGUGGAACAAGCUAUUGUUUACUAUCGAAAAUGCGCCUCGGUAAGACCAGCUGUUUUUGAAUCACAGCAAAACAUGCAAAAGCACGCCUUGACCUCCAUGCGUCGCCUUAUCUCUUCCGAGGUGCCAAGCCGGCCCAUUAGCACACUCAAGACUCGACCCACAUGGUCGUCCACUUAUAGCUCAGAUUCCGCUUCGUCUUCUAUCAGGACUUUAUCCACGUUUAUUUGCUCAAACUGUAGUAUCGAAAAACAGACAAUGCCUGUUUGUGCAAAGUGCAAAAUCCAACCUUACUGUAGCAUACGCUGUAUGAAAUCCCACAAGUCUGUUCAUGAAUUAACCUGCUCAAAGUCAUAAAUCAUACCCUGUUCAUUCUUAUCUCAUCAUUUUUGCCUUGCUUUUGUGCAUUUUUUAUUCAUUCUUGCAUUUUCUUGGAUUCUUUGCAAAUAAACUACUCAUUGCUUAUUUUCAAUAAAUGAC